AUGGCUGUCAAAUCAGUUAAUGCAUUAAGUGAUUAUGAAGUUAAUCUAAAAGAUUUUAAAUUAAAAUAUUAUUUUGAACUUAUGCCUAAAAGAACAGGAAAUGAUAAAACUACUUUUAAAGUAUGUAAAUUCUUUGAUUAUGCUCCUUAAGUAUUCAAUCACAUAAGAAAAAUGUUUUUUAUAGAUAACGAUAAUUAUUUGAGUAGUAUUGGACCUGAAACUUUAUUAUCAAGUAUUUUAAAAGGAGAUCUAAGUACAUUAUCUGAAUUAACAUCAACUGGUAAAAGUGGAAGUUUUUUUUAUUAUUCUUAAGAUGGUAUAUAUACAUUAAAAACUAUUUCCAAAACAGAAUUCACUUUUAUGAGGCAUAUUUUAUACAAUUAUUUUAAACAUCUUAAAGAUUUUAGAUAAUCCUUAAUAAUAAAAUUAUUUGGAAUGCAUAAAAUUAUAUUAGAUGAUAAAAAAAUACAUUUUGUUAUAAUGAGUAAUGUAUUUAAAACAUCUCAUGAAAUUAAUAUAAGAUAUGAUAUAAAAGGAAGUCUUCAUCAAAGAAAAACUCCAAAUAAUGCUGAUUAUACUGUUGCCAGAAAAGAUUUAAAUUUUUUAGAAUCUCAUGAAAAAAUGAAUAUAAGAAUAGAUAAAUAAAGUGAAUUACUAACAUAAUUAUGUAGAGAUGCAGAUUUUUUUGCUUAAAAUAACAUUAUAGAUUAUAGUUUACUCUUAGGAAUUCAUGAAAUUAAUGUUCUUCAAACUUCUUCAAGAACUGACAUAUUCUAAGAGGUAGAAUCUGAUGAUAUCUCAAUAAUUCAAUCAAAAAAUGGUGAUAAAAUUUAUUUCUUUGGAAUUAUUGAUAUUUUGACUAAUUUUAAGUAUUUCUCAUAUCUCUAUCUAUCUUAGCACAAAAAAGAAGAUAGAAUAUUGUUGUAAAAGAUGUUUUUAAGGUCCUGAUAUUUCUGCUAUUCCUCCACAUUAAUAUGCUGAAAGAUUUAAAAGAUUCAUAACUAAUAUGUUUAGAAACAAUACCUGA